CUAGCCUAUAUCAGCUCCCGAUUACUGCGGGGGCUUAACUCAUUCGAUCCCUCAACAUCACCAAUUCUUCGGGAUGUAUCCGAUCGUGGUUUUCUUUGCCAGCACCAGUCAGACGAGCUAUAACAAAACGUAGGUUGAUGCGUGUAUCCUUGAACUUUCAAUCCCGACCAUAAAACUUAUCCUAUCCCUCUCUUCUCCUCUCCUCUCCUCACCCAAUUCUGGUCUCUUCUUAUAGUUCCAUUAAGCUGUCAUCAUGCCGCAACGCGAAUUCACUCCCCAAAAUUAUUCCGUUGUUCAAGAGAAUGGACAUGUAAAUGGUCCGCCGUCCACGGACGUGAGUCUCCUAUCUACUGAUGGAGAUACCCCUUUCCAGUUCACAUUCCAAGCGCUUCGUCCCGGCUUGUUUCGAACAACCUUUUCCUCGAAGAGCCAUCCUUUACCCCUACAUCCAAGCACUCCUCGUCCGACUCCGAAUCUCGAGGGCGUGAAAUUGAGUUCCAAGUCUUCCGGAAGCCUCAAAAUUAUCAAUGCUGGUAGGGUAACAGCAACAGUGGACUGGAGUGGUCCCCCUGUUGUGUCUUUGCAACUCGAUGGACAAUCCGCCCCAAUCCACCGCGAUCUCGACUUUCGAUCCUACGUGGCCGACUCGACAGGCAUUGCCCAUUAUACCAGAUACAAGCGGGAUACACUGCAUGCUGGCUUGGGGGAGAAAGCAGCGCCUAUGAAUCUGUCGAACCGAAACUUCAUCAUUUCCGCUACAGAUUGCUUUGGUUACGAUAUCUAUCGAACGGAUCCUCUCUACAAACAUAUUCCUCUCCUUAUCAAUGCAACUCCCGAAGGAUGUGUCGGCAUAUUCUCAACAUCGCACAGUCGGGGGACAUACGCCGUAGGAUCAGAGAUAGAUGGCUUGUGGGGGCACUUCAAGGUCUACAGACAAGACUAUGGUGGACUCGAAGAAUAUUUGAUGGUGGGGAAGACAAUCCAGGAUGUUGUGAGGAUAUACGCAGAUCUGGUUGGAUACCCGUUGCUUGUUCCAAGAUGGGCGUUUGGAUACAUUGCCGGUGGAAUGAAAUACUCCAUGCUGGACGAGCCACGAGCCUCGGAUGCUCUUAUGGACUUUGCUGCGAAGCUAAAGAAACAUGAUAUCCCAUGCUCCGCAUUCCAGAUGUCGUCUGGAUACACAGUAGCAGAGACGGAACCUAAGACUCGGAACGUCUUCACUUGGAAUCGGCACCGAUUCCCUGACCCUGAAGGGUUUGUAGCAAAGUACCACGAGGAGGGUAUUCGCAUCAUUGCGAAUGUGAAGCCAUAUGUACUUGCCAAUCACCCAGAGUAUCCCAAGCUGGUGGCUUCAGGUGCGCUCUUCACCGAUCCACGGACGAAGAAGUCGGGUGUUGCUCGACUUUGGAGUGCUGGUGGUGGGGAGAGUGGAGAAGGUGGACAUAUUGACUUCACAUCCGAGGCAGGGUUCAAGUGGUGGUACGAAGGAGUCAGGGCCCUUCGAAAGUGUGGAAUUGAAGGCAUCUGGAACGACAACAACGAGUAUACCAUUCCUGAUGACGACUGGCAGUGCGCACUUGAUGGCAGAUCGUCAGAGCACGGAAAUCAAAUCGGUUUGUGGGGACGAAGUCUACACACGGAGCUGAUGGGCAAAUCUUCAUACGACGCUCUCGUGGAUUUGGAGCCAGAUGUUCGUCCGUUUGUCCUGACCAGAUCUGCCACGGCUGGAACGAUGCGAUAUGCCGCGAGUUCUUGGGCUGGAGACAAUGUGACUAGCUGGGAUGGGAUGAAGGGUGCUAACUCUCUGUCUCUGAAUGCCGGAAUUAGCUUGCUCCAGUGCUAUGGUCAUGAUAUCGGCGGGUUUGAAGGGCCACAGCCCAGCCCUGAGUUGCUACUUCGCUGGGUGCAAUUGGGAAUUUACUCUCCACGCUUUGCUAUCAAUUGUUUCAAGACAGAUGAGAACGAUAACACUAUUGGCGGUGUAAUUGAGCCAUGGAUGUAUCCAGAGAUAACCCCUCUUAUCCGUGAUGUCAUCAAACGUCGGUACGAGCUGAUUCCGUAUCUCUACUCUCUCAUGCUGGAGAGCCACUCGACGGCGCUGGCUCCCCAGAGAUGGGUUGGAUGGGGCUACGAGUCGGACCCAGAAGUUUGGACUCCCGAGGUGAUGGCUGGCGAAACGCAGUACUGGCUGGGAGACACAAUCAUGGUCGGCGGUGUCUACGAGCCUGGGAACACGACAGCUCGCAUGUACCUGCCGAAGAAUGAACAUGGAUACUUGAACCUGAGUGCACCACAUCAACAUUUGACAGGCGGGCAAUGGGUUGACAUCGACUCGCAAUGGAAAGAGAGUAUUCCGCUGCUUGCCCGAGUUGGCGGGGGCAUUGCCAUCGGGAAGGAUCUUCAGACUCGGUCACCCGGUGACAAUAGGUUUCCUUCUCCUAAUGUCGUGGAGGAUGACUACCGUGCAGUAGAGAUCUUUCCUGCACCAGAGGCCUCCGAAUUCUCAUACACUUGGUAUGAGGAUGAUGGUAUCGCCGCCAAACUCGAGGUAUCCACGUUUACGUUGAAGUAUACCUCCACAGACGAGGGGAUCUCGGUCGGGCUAGAGAGGUCUGGUAACUUUGUUCCGGUAUGGAAAGAUCUUGAUAUAAUUCUGCCAGUUGGCGAGAAGCGUCCAGUACUCCAAGCUGGGGCGAAAUGCACGAAAAAAGCAGAUUCUCGAGGACGUGCUGUCUUCACUCUGAUAUUGUAGUACCUAAUCUAUAUUAGCCACUUACCCUUCAUUCUUAGGACCGCUUUAGCAGCAUCCCACUUCCCUUUCCCAAAUGUAUACGUGAAGCUCCCUUUGUCGUCUGGACAGUAUUCGCGCACAUCAUCUAGCUCCAUGAGACUCAUCAAUCUUUUGAACGGCUCAUUAUCUGCGUUCGUCUCCAAGAACAUACCGCCCAGCCCCAUCUCUCCAAAUCCAUGCUCAAUCAAACCCUCAAGGGCAUCGAGAGCAUACCCCUUCCUUGCGAACCGAUGAUCAACCAAAGCUCCAAUAUCUCCAACAUAACCAUCUAACCCGCCUAUUGUUUUAAGAGCAAAUAAGUUGUAUCCGCUCAUUCCAAUCAGCCAUCCAUCAUGGGCUUUGAGAAUCUCUGCUGAGUCUGGUGCUGUUUGCGAGGGUUUCAAUAUGAUGACCAUGAAGCCAUUCUCGCCUCUUGUCGUGGACUCUUCCUGCGAUCUGAGUCUUUCUGCUUGCUCGGAUUCGGGUCUGUCUGCGCCGACGACGCCUCCAAAGGGGUUGUUCAAAGGGUCGAUGCGGACGAUGGAGAAUUGUUUGGCGUCCAAUGGUGAGGCCGUGCGGAGUAUGGGGCGGGGAGUCUCAACGUGAUGUCGAGAUCUUCUGUGAAUGAGCGCUAUCGCGGAUUUGGAGACUUGAGAGGAAAGAUGUGUCCAGUGAUAGCUAGAGUACUUGUUAUAUGUUCCCGAAGAGAAUCCCCAUCUUGGUCAAGUCUUGUUAAGCUUCCCUUUUAGGCUGCAUUUUCUGGAUGCUGACAUCCGAGCUUAACUAUAUCAUAA